AGCAGCAGCAGCAGCAGCUGUGCUCACAAGCUCGUGAAGAGCCCAUCCUGCCAGAGGAUUCAUUUAACUGCCUACACAAUCUGUGACUCGGUUAAAAUGGACAGCGCGUGUCGUUGUUCAACCAGCAGUGAUAGGACUUCAAAUCCUAUCCUGUACAACAUCCUGAGCCAAAUGGAUGGCAGCAGACCGAGCCAAGGCAACUUCAGCUACAAUUCAGUGCCUCACAGAUGCAAAUGUGAGGCACGGCGGACAGUGUGCUUGAAAAGGCCGUCGGAGAUUUGCAAAGAAGCUUCGGCGGUUCUGGUAAAAACCCUAAAUUUCAUGAAAAACUUGCCCGCCUUUAACCAGCUGCCUCCAAAUGACCAGUUCGCCCUUCUGAAAAGCUGCUGGGCGCCACUCUUCAUUCUGGGUCUGGCCCAAGAGCGCGUGGACUUCGAGGUGACGGACAUCCCCACUGACAGCAUGCUGAAAAAGAUCCUCCUGAACAGACCCGAGAGCCCCGAGGUGGAAAGGGAGCAGCCCACUAUGGCCGGUGUCAGCAAACUCGUGUCUUGCCUCAAAAAGUUUUGGAGUUUGGAUUUGAGCCCCAAGGAGUACGCAUACCUCAAAGGGACCACGAUAUUUAAUCCAGACGUACCAGAUUUGAAGGCAGCCCUGUUUGUGGAAGGCUUGCAACAGGAAGCUCAGCAGGCCUUAAGCAAGGUGGUUCAGCUCCUCCACCCGGGGGACGGGGACCGCUUUGCUCGAAUCCUCCUCACAGCCUCCGUGCUGCAGAGCAUCACCCCCAGCCUCAUCACUGAACUCUUCUUCCGGCCUGUGAUAGGACAGGCGAACCUGCUGGAGCUGCUGGUCGACAUGCUCUUCUGCAGAUAGGAGCGGUGGAUUUUAGAGCUUUUCCGUCUUUGUGAAAUGAAGGAAUGCCUGAUGUUGGGCUGCUCUAAAACACAUUUACUAUUAAAAAAAAACUCAAAGAAAACAAAAACUGUGAAUUGUUGAAGAUGGGGUUAUGAAUUGCUUACACUGAAAAUGAUGCCGAGGUCACUGUAGCCCAGUCUGACACGAUUUCGUCCAAUUGAACUGGAUUUGACUUUCUACAUUAGGACAGAGUGUACCUACUGUCCAUAUGUUUGCUUGAUCUCAUGACGGGAGCUCUCUGUUGUAAAUAAUUAUUGUUUGCAUUUACAAAGGUUUUCAAAUAAAUCUAUUUUUUUUACACGAA